CACGCCCAAUUGCAAUUGCGGACUUGCGCGGAUUGAAACUCAAACCUCCCGAUUAAUUGACGCCAGCACACACUGUGGUCACCCGGGGGCCACAGCCAGCAGAGACGGUUUCCUUGAACUUCUGCAGCACCCUGCCGCCAUGCUGUCAAGAGCUGCCCGCCCGGCGCUGAAGGCCGGUGCUGCCGUUUCGUCCCGAGCGGCAGCUCCGACAGCCACCUUCGCCACCCUGCGUGAGAUCGAAGGCCGCCUCAAGUCGAUUCGCAACAUCGAGAAGAUCACCAACACGAUGAAGAUCGUCGCCUCGACCAAGCUGACGCGCGCGCAGCGCGCCAUGACCGACUCGCGCAAGUACGGCGAGACCAGCAACGAGGUCUACAAGUCGGCCGAGACCAAGCCGCUCGAGGGCGAGGGCAAGAAGAAGCUCCUGGUGGUCUGCAGCUCCGACAAGGGUCUCUGCGGUGGCAUCCACUCCGGUCUGUCGCGCUACAUCCGCCAGCGGGCGCAGGAGGACCCCAACUUCGACCUCGUCAUCCUGGGCGAGAAGUGCAGGUCGCAGCUGCAGCGCACUAACGCCAAGAACAUUGUCCUCAACUUCGCUGGCGUGGGCAAGGACAUCCCGACCUUUGCCGAGGCCCAGGCCGUCGCCGACCAGAUCGCCCUGCUGCCCGGCGACUACUCGGACAUUGAGAUCAUCUACAACAGGUUCAUCAAUGCCACGAGCUACGAGCCCAGCUCCAUCCCGGCAUUCAACGAGCAGGCCUUCGCAGCGUCACCCAACUUCGCCGCCUUCGAGGUUGACGAGGAGCUGCUCUCCAACUUCCGCGAGUACGCCCUCGCCAACUCCCUCUACUGGGCUCUGUCCGAGGGCCACGCCUGCGAGAUCUCUGCCCGCCGCAACGCCAUGGACAACGCCUCCAAGAACGCCGGCGAGAUGAUCAACAAGUACCAGAUUCUCUUCAACCGCACCCGCCAGGCCGUCAUUACCGGCGAACUGGUCGAAAUCAUCACUGGUGCCACCGCCUCGGAGAACAUGUAAGCGGGUUAGAGCGAUUAAUUCUCAUAGACCGGGCACAGCGAGAAAGAGAGAGAGAGGGGAGGGCUUGGGCGACGACGUCGGCGGCGACCACGACGAGGCUUUCGUCACCCUUUUCUCUCAUCUCCGUUGCAAAAAGAAGAGACAUCACCCGUGUUGAGAAGGGGCUGUUUCCCUUUGUAUAUUCAAGCGAGGUCGCAGGGCUUUCCGCCCUGCAACUCGGCCCUCACGUGUACCAACGCCUUCCGAAUACAGAGUUCCUUGCCGAUGCC